UGUUUCUGUUUCUGUAAUGCUAUGAUACCCUUUGAUUUUUUUUCCAGUGGGUGGUGAAAAGGCUGUAGUUUGAUUUUCAAGCAUAUAUCGUGCAUCUUAAGGAGACUGGAUGGUCAAAAAAAUUAACCAAUUUACCAUUAGAUCUUACUAAAUUUUAAAACAUGAUUUGUUCAGCUAUAAAGAAUUAUUUUUGAAGAUAAAAUUUUCAUCAAUAUUUGUUUUUAAUUUUGAGCUCUUUUUCUUCAGGAGAUCAAUUUUCUCAAAAUUGCUACGACCAUGGAGCCUUCUUAACAAAACAUAUUUCGCUUUGCAAAUGCUUGCACCCCACGAUAACUUUUCCUUAAGGAAAAGGACAGCACUUCCAAACACCGAUCGAGCUUUGUAAACACACAUCAUGGCUACCUCGGAGUCGGACGAUCAGAGGCAAAGGGGAGUACACGAGAGUUCAUACUUCAAAAACGAAUCAAAGAGAAUCCGUGUGUUAAGUUGGAACAUAGAUGGUUUAGACAGCCCAACAGCAGAGAAAAGGACAUAUAAAAUCUGUGAAAUCAUAAAGACGGUAAAUCCCCAUGUGGUUCUACUUCAGGAGGUAGUUUUGGAAACUUUCGCGAUCCUCUGUAAGAAAUGUCCUGAAUACCGCAUCAUUCCUGGCGAUAUAACAGGCUAUUUUGUCGCCAUUAUGUUGAAAAUUGAAGAUCUAGAGUUCAUAGGCAAAUCGAUAUUUCCAUAUCCAUUCAGUGUCUUUGGAAGAAACUUAUUAACAGUGCAGUGUCGCAUGAAGGGUGUACCUUUCAUUUUUAUGACGUCACACUUGGAAAGUAUGGCCCCUUUCAGCUAUUUGAGGAGAAUACAGCUAGAAUACUGUUUUCGUCGGAUGAAGAGGAAAUCUGCAAAUUAUACAGUCAUAUUUGGCGGCGAUAUGAACCUUAGAGAUUGGGAGCUAUCUGAAAUGGGUGGCAUACCGGAAGGAAUCUCCGACGUUUGGGAGAUGACGGGGUCAAGGUCGAACUGCGAGUUCACGUGGGAUUUGCUUCUCAACACAAACAAGAAGUGCGAUUCCUACCACAAGCCUCGUUAUCGGUUUGACCGGAUCUAUCUGAGGGAUUCCGAUCCCAAAUCCGUCAGCCCGGUGUAUUUUGAAUUGGUUGGCUUAGAAAAACUGAGAGUAUACGAAGUGUUUCCAAGCGACCAUUUUGGACUUUUGACACACUUCGAUAUCAGAUGUUGUUAAAGAAAAUGUAUAAUGUUGUAUGAAUUGACAGUUAUUAUAUUCCGUUAAUAUUUAUUAAAAAGUAUAUAUAAGUAUAUAAAAUAUUUCUAGUCCAUGCUUUGUACUAU